AUCCCCUACAGCUCUUCCCAACCCACCUCUCGCCAUGGCUGCCGUACCCUUAGCGCGUUCGUCGCUUCAAUCCACUGCAGCGUCGUCGAGGAUCUAUUCCUUUCAAAUUCCGCAUAUCCCCACAGAAAAAACGUCUCCUGCAUUUCCAGACCGCCCACGGCGAUUCAGUUUCAAGGAUCCAUCGGCUGUCUCGCGGCCUCGGACAAGAAAUCAGCAGCACCGCGAAGAAAGCCCCAACGCGUCAUUAUCUCACGCUUCUCACCAGCAUUUCGUCAUGCAAGUGGUUUCGCAGCGUUCCUCGCGUUUCUCGACGCGUCUUGGGUCGUCGUCGCUGCCUCGCUCCCUCUCCAGACCCUCCCACGCCCCCCCUGCUCGCCAUGCCUCCUUGUUCCCGACCUAUCCGCCAAUGCACCCCACGCGGCGGUUUUCACAGGCCGCGCAGAGCGACGGCGGAGUAGCUGGCGAGAGAGUGACAUCGUGCGUCGAGGGCGAGAGGCUUCGAGCAGCUGCGCGACGACAACGACAACGGCGACGACGUCGCACAGCUUGUCGCGCGUCUGCAGGCGGUCGCGACAAUCGCGAAGAUUCGCUCAGCGACAAUCCCCACAGCAACGCGCUCUGCGAACGCAGCGAACACUCGUCUCAAGACCCGUCCCGGCUAUUGAGCUCCUCGGGGACGGAGCGUAAGCCGCUGCCCGUACAACUACUUAUGGCGGCGGUUUCCUCUCCGUCUGCCCCGUUGAAAGCGGCAGGUGCGGCUGUAGCGACAGCAACGGUCAUUUGGCUCGCUGCCGCCCUCCGCUCCACUGGCGUGCUGCCACGUGUCUCACUCAGAUCGCUUUUGCUCCCACCGCCCGCCCAUGCUGCUGUGUUAACCACAGCUGGCCUCAAACCGAGUAGGUUAGGCUCGGUUGCGGCUGACCCCAAGCCUAGCAAGCCAGGCUCGGAUGCCAGAGCUGCAGCGGUGGCUCGGAAUGGGGGUGGGGAGGAGGCACUGGCGGGUCAAAUGUCGCAGCCAAGAGAGCAAGGGAUGCAAGAGCAGCAGCAACAACACGUGAGUCAAAAGCAGCAGCAGCAGCAGCAGGAGCGGAAGGCACCUCAGCAGAGGCGCAGGGCGCAGCACUACGACGUGUCUGGCCGCACGGGAGUGGCGCCCGCGCGCUACACGGCCAUAGUGCGCUUCCCCAAGGCGUGCGGCAUCCUCGUCGGCACGCCCGUGCGCAUGCGAGGCAUCGCCGUAGGCUCGGUGGUAGCGGUCCGGCCGAGCCUCACAAGCGUGGACGUGGUGAUCGAAAUACUAGACGAGGACAUCGUUAUUCCGCGCGGCACGACUGUAUUCGUUAACCAGUCGGGGCUUAUAGCGGAGACGCUGAUUGACAUGACGCCGCUGCUGCCGAUUCCCGACUAUGGCGCCGGGCCGAGGGACGCUGGGUGCCGGGAGGAGGGGUUGAUCGUGUGCCAUAGGGAGAGAGUGGAGGGGGAGAUAGGGGUGAGCAUGGAUGAGAUGGUGCGGCUGUGUGUGAAGAUGGCGAGGCAGGCGGAGAGAGAGCGGGGUAAGAGGAGUGGGGGAAAGGGCGGCGUGGUGGUGAGCAGCAAGGUGUGAUGGCGGGAAUGUGGGAGCUGCAGUUUCCAUGUGGUGGCUGGGGGCAGGGAGUGCGAUUGAAUGUGAGAGCCGCCAGGACGCAUGGGUGUGAUAGCUGGUGUGUGGGGAGAGCGAAGGGUGCAAAGUUGGGCGGGGAGACGGAGGCAGAGAGGGCCAAGAGGAGCGGGGGGUGAGGGUAGGAUGUGAUAGCAGCGGUGUGGGGAUGAUGGCUCAAAUAGGGAGAGUGAAGGGGGUGAAGAUGGGGAAUCCUUAGAAGCAUGGGUUGGUGGGGGGAGGCGGAGUUGCGAGGGGGAGCUCGAAAUCAAGAGAUUGAUCGUUUCUGGUGCUGGAGGAGCGUUGGGUGAAAGUAGUUUCAGCUAGUAGAAUGGAAUCUGCAAGGGCACCAGCCAGGACCUUGCCAGGGCGGAGGUGGAAGGUGUGGAGGAGUGAAGACGAACUACCUGUACUGCUUUCGGCUGCCGUAAGCUAGCUGCCAUGGGAGCAAGAGGAUUAGCCGAGCCUUGUGGUGGUGGAUGGAGCCAGCUGCUGCGUCUCCCUGUAGAGGCUUGUUGCUGAUACGUUUUUUGAGGCUUCCAGCAAAGGCUGUGCGAAAUUCAACAGUAGGUUGCUCCUACAGCCGCUUGGCAGACAUGCUGCGGCUACCCUGCAUCAUGCGCGAGAAAGAAUGACUACAAUGAUGCAAACAGGUUGGUUUUGUCUAAGUGGUUGUACCCUCUAAGAGUACGCACCUAUCUAGGCUAUAAGACAUGCAUAAUA